AUGGCGAAACAGCUGCCGGCGCAGCUAUCUCACAAAAGCGCCUUAGUACUGCUGCCUCCAUCACGCAUCACUGCGCCAAUCGAAGCAGUACGACGUGUCUAUGACAAACAGUUUCUACGAUGGCCUCCGCAUAUCAACUUGCUGUACCCUUUCCUAGCAUCCCCCUCCGAGUCUAGCAAACUCAAGCACGACAUUCGCAUCCGAAUUGAACAAGUAGCU